ACGCUUAAAUGCCUAUAAUUGUGUUAUUAUAUAACUUAAGUAAGAAAAUAAUAAUCGGGAGCAUGUGUCAGCUAUGCAUGUUAAUAUUGCUCUGUUUACCAAAUCCAGACCAGGAAGCACUAGUCUAACAGACGCCCUUAAUUCAGAAACGAUUAAAAUUGUCCUUACUCCCGACCCUUAUAUUUCUAUAUAGGAAGUGCGGUUGUUUACGGAACGAAAGGAAGUGGGAAAGCUUAACGUCAUUUGUAACGUCGGAUAAGAAAUCGAAUUACUUUAGCUAACAAAGCCAACUGGCUAUGAAUAUAAACAUUAUAUAUGUUAUGCAUUUGUGUUAUUGUUGGCUACAGUUGCUUAUAGCAUAGAGUUUGAAAUGUGUAACCGUGGAAACACCAGUGCAGCAAGCUAGUUAGCUAACGUUUGUAAACAAGCGACUUUACAGUUUGUUUAGCAUUAGAUUAGGUUCGUCGUAAGGGAAGCACAUACACAGUACUUGUGGACCGACCAAAAUACUGUAUAUAUAGUAUACCGUUUAAAUUACAUGGUCUGAAACCCGUGUUUAAUCCACUGGCACAACCAGUUUAAAGGGACCAAAGCUAGCUGACAGCUGCUAGUGUACUAGAGUUUGAAGUUUGCACAAUGGCCGAAACUAUUGUCACGUUUCAGUCCCAACUUUCUGGUGUUAUGGAGACGGUCUUCAAAGCAGCCAUGUAUGAGAUCACCCGGCUGGUGGAAGACAGUUUUCUGGAAGAGGUAACACGGUGCAGGGAGCAGGUGGAGUCCCUGAAGAGGCGGCUGAAGUUGUCGGAGGGUCGGCGCAAAGAAAGAGAAGGAGAAAGGAGGGCAAGGUGUCUCGACUGCGGGAGAGUAGGGGUGUCCGGUGAGGAAAACCCCGAAGUGUUAGAUAAAAGUCUCAAACAGGAAAGUGUGAUUCAAGAAGAGAUGACUGGUCCCCAAGACAGCGAUGGAGAGACACAGGGCCGUGAAGCAGAUGAGGCAAAACCCAUGAAGGCAACACUGUCUGCAGGUGUACAGGGCGAAAAGCUGGAUAGACUGUUUAAAGAGGAAGCCCUUCAGAUCACACCAGAAGCCAAUGUGUCUGAAGAGAGAUGGGGAGGACAUUUGGAUGAGGGAUCAGGUCUGCCGGGGCCCAGUAAACGUUUCAUUGACCAGAAAAUCCCAAAGUGCCACAUUAGCUGGGAUUGUGGCUACGACCAGAGGCCAGAAUCAGGCCAGCACGGACGCUCGGGCGACCCAUCUGAACCACUUUUCCAAAACAGGUAUGGCUUGGAAGAUUUGAGUGGCUUUGACAAGACUGGCUAUGGAGACUCCAAUAUGAUUGACAUUGGUAACCUGGAUGGGUUACAAGAGUCGCCAUCCCACGUAGGUGAGGAUCUGAGUUACAUGGGUCACUAUGAGGGGGAUGUGGAAGCACCAGAAGGAGCUGAGCAUCAAGUUUACCAAACGGCUGCCGUGCGAAACAGAAGGGCUGCGGUCGGUUCACCUGCAGGGUCUCCCUCAAGGAAAAACAUUGAUGUAGGUGGAGAGCUCAGCUGUUUGUUGAUUAAUGAGGAGGGGUAUUUACAAGACCAAAGCAUUUUGUACCCAGAACAUGUUUCUGGUGACCAAGUAGGCAGGUUGAAUUUCAGGGGUCAGGGACUAUGUGAUGAACCUACUUCAGAGGAUAUAUAUGCGCCGUCAUACAGUGAUAACUCAAACCUGGGAGAGAGGCUGCAGCAUCAGGUGGGAGGGAGAGGGGGGAGGAGGCAUGCUUGUAACCUGUGCUCUAUGACCUUCCCUGAUUCGGCCUCACUAAAGGGCCACAAGCAGACACACAAAGGCCCCUCACAAGUGCUGCCGUAUUCCUGCACACAGUGUGGAAAGACCUUCUCUCAAGCUUGUAACCUCAAAGUACACCAGAGGAUUCACUCGGGGCAGGGGCUCCAACUCUGCAGCCACUGUGGGAAAGGUUUCCCGUCUUUCGCGGACCUGAAGACGCACAAGUGUGGCCAAACGGGAGACAAACCUUACUGUUGCACUUUGUGUGGGAACAAGUUCAGCCGCCUAUGGAAUCUGAAACUGCACCGAAGGAUUCACACACAGGAGAAACCUCAUAGGUGCACCAUGUGCGAUAAGAGCUUCACGCGGGCGGACAUAUUGAAGGUUCAUCAGCGCACACACACAGGGGAACGGCCAUACUGCUGCACUGUGUGCGGCCUCAGCUUCAAGCGAUUAGACCAUUUGAAGUCACAUCAACGGAAACAUGCAACCGAUGUUUGAAACAGGGGACAUUUGGAGAGACUGCCAGAAAUGUCCAUAUUGUUUAUUUUAUAAGGAGAUUUAAAAAGCAAUACUUUAAUUGAUGAGCCAUGGAUGUUUUUUUUCUUUUUUUUCUCCUCAUCUCCAAAUGCUUUGGUUUUUCUUGGGUGGUAUUUAAAAUAUAAGACACUGAUAAAAUACUUCUUCUUGUUGUUACUGACAGAAAAAAAGACUUUCAUAUUUCAUAGUCCUUGUUAUUACAUUACAGAAUUAAAAUAAACCAAAGAAUUAUGUUAUUUUCUCUCUAAAAUGUGCUUUUUAUGUUUCACUCAAUGAAGUUAUUUGAAAAAAAGAUUAAUUAUUUGGAACAAAACAAGAACAUUACAUUUUAGGUAGUAAACCUGCUACUUCCUAUUUAAAUGCCUUUAUUACAGAAAUUCUCAAAGUCCUAAAAAAUAAUAAUUUAAAGACAGAUGUAAUGCCUUAAGCUUUAACUCUAACCCAUAAACCGAUGCUGCUGAUGUUGCAAAUGAGGAUUGUAGGAACAAAGACACAGGAUGGCAUGAUCAAGAUUUUAGAAGUUAGAUAAAUAUUUUCAGGGUUCUUAAAUUAUUUCUCUAGAUGACAUUUCAGUGGUGUCUCUUUUUCAGUAGAGGCAAGAUGCUUUUGUUAGAAGAAGGAUAGGAUUGGAAGGUUUUUUAAGAGGAAGGAAAUCAAUUUCACAGAGGUUGGUCUAAAGGACUUUCUUUAUUUGUGGCACACGAGAGAGAAACCAUUUUAUUAUAAACAUCAAACCCCUUUUCCAGAGAGGGGAAAAUAAAAGGAACAAUGUUUGUGAAUUGAAACAUUAAAUUCAAGUUGGUAAAAUGUUGAUUAACCAAUUAAAUGAAAAGUACUCAAGGAUGUCUAGAAAAUGUGAAUCAGAACCACUUAUUUGUAAGUCUGUUUCCUCACAGUGUAAGGAAGUCUGAACCUCUAUAGAUAAAGUCAGAUACUUAUUAAGUUUUGUCUGGGUGUUCUAUUUUUAUGUGUGUCAAACUCCUAACAUAUCUGCUAUUAAAAUAUGGUAAGGAAUGCCAAUA